AUGCCUGACGACUCGGAGAACAUGCGGGGUACCCGCGACACGCAGCGCCGCCCCUCGCACGACACCGACUCCCCAGCGUCCGCCAGCACCGAACCAACCUCACCCACUCUGGCAACACGCAUCCAACGCUCCGCCGCCGCCCUCGCCCGAACCGCCCUCCCCAGUUCCGGCCCUGACACCACCCACACCCUCUCCUCCGCCACCAGCAAAGCCACCCCCUCCAGCUCCAGCUCCGCGCAUCCCCUCGUCAGCCAAGACAUUGGAUCCGCAUCGCGCACCCCAGCAACGACCCUCGCCCACCCACCACGCCCGACCUUCCGCACCACCCCCAAGCCCAAGAUACCCCACCCUAACCUCCUCCCCCCGGCGUCCCAGAAAGGCAAGCAGCCCGCGUCGGCCGAUUACUCCAGCGCCUGGGCGCGCGCAACGCAGGACGACGGCGCCGCCGUCGUCGCGCUCCUCAACUCGCCCGACUUCAACGCGGACUUCAAUGCAGCCAGCGAGCCAGACAUGAGCGACGAGCCGGCGCCGCUGACAGCGGAGGAGAUAGCCGCGCUGGAGGCGUUCCGGCGGGGUGUCGGCGCGGCCGGCGCGGACGCGGCGCCUGGCGCGCGGUUAACGAGCGCCAGCCUGGUACCUGACAUCGACGCGUUCCUGGCGCAGGAUAGCGCAGGACCAGGAGAGACGGUGGCUGCGCUGCGGGAUCGGGUGCUCGGGAAGUUGGCUGGGGCGGAGGAGUGGGUUGGGGUGCAUGAGCGGUAUCACGAUGAGGUGUGGGGGUUUCUGAGGCCGGCGCUGGAGGCGGCGAAGGCGGAGAUGGAGGAGAAAAGGGAUGGCGAGGGCGAGGGCGAGAGCGAGGGCGAGGGGCCGGCGGUGCGGCGGCUGAGGAUGAUAUUGGAGCAUAUGCGGGCGUGA